AUGCCUGCAGAAUUCGACGACGUCCUCACAAAUCAGCCAGUCGUUAUCGACAAUGGCUCUGGCACCAUAAAAGCCGGAUUUGCUGGCCAAGACCAUCCAAAAUGCUUCUUCCCGUCCUUUGUUGGCCGGCCAAAACACGUACGCGUCAUGGCCGGCAGUCUCGAAGGCGAGACGUUCAUUGGGCGCCGUGCUCAAGAGCUUCGUGGGUUGCUCAAAAUAAAAUACCCCAUGGAACAUGGAAUUGUGAAAGACUGGGAUGACAUGGAACGAAUAUGGCAGUGGGUAUAUACCGAAGAACUGGGCACACUAAGUGAAGAGCAUCCUGUGCUUUUGACCGAAGCGCCACUGAAUCCACGGACCAAUCGUGAUAUGGCAGCCCAAACACUCUUUGAUACCUUCAAUGUUCCAGCGCUAUUCACCUCCGUCCAGGCUGUCCUCUCGCUAUAUUCAUCCGGGCGGACAACGGGCAUCGUUCUUGACUCUGGAGAUGGCGUUACACAUGCAGUUCCUGUGUUCGAAGGCUUCUCGAUGCAUCAUGCCAUUCGACGAGUGGAUAUCGCUGGCCGAGACGUGACAGAUAAUCUGCAGCUCCUUCUGCGAAAAUCUGGUCAUCAUCUUCAUACGACAGCUGAGCGGGAAGUAGUACGGACGAUCAAAGAAAAGUGUUGUUACAUCGCCCUGCUUCCAGCGAAAGAAGAAAAAGAUUCGAUGGGGCUUACUGAAGAGUUCAAACUACCGGAUGGAAACGUGAUACAAUUGGGCUCUGAACGCUUCCGAGCCCCCGAAAUAUUGUUCAAUCCCGAAUUGAUUGGUGAAGAAUAUGCGGGGGUACACCAGGUGGUUGUCGAUUCAAUCAACCGAGUUGACUUGGACUUGCGCAAGAGUCUUUUCUCCAACAUUGUGCUCAGUGGGGGAAGUACACUAUGCAAAGGAUUUGGCGAUCGUCUACUAAACGAAGUGAAGAAACUUUCUCUGAAGGAUAUCAAGAUCAAAAUCUAUGCUCCUCCGGAGCGAAAGUAUUCAACCUGGAUUGGGGGAUCUAUUUUGGCUGGACUAAGCACCUUCAAAAAGAUGUGGGUAUCAGCUGAGGAAUACCAGGAAGAUCCGGAAAUCAUUCAUAAAAAAUCCGUUUUCUAAUGAUAUCUAUGGCUGACCUUGACUCAGACACAUGUAAUAGCAUACUUAUACCCAUGUAUGAACUACUAAUUUAGAUCAGAUCAUAUUUUUUU